UUGUAUUUAGAUCACAAUGAGAGUCCAGUGGCAUUUCCUUUUUAUCCUUCUUGCUGCUGUUUGUAUUAACUGUGCUCCUAACAACAUAUCAGAUCAGAAAUCCGAAGCAACACGUGCUAUCCAGGAUGCCAAAGCCAAAAUAUCCAAAAGCAGUGCCAAGUUUGGGAAACCGUCAUUCAAGUCCUAUUUACCACCAGCACAACCUGUGUCUAUGAAGGAAAUCGGCACUCAUCUAAAAAGUUCGAAACCAAAGACGUUCGCCUUCUCCAGCAACAGUUUUAGGUUCAAAGCACCCGUGUUUUCGCAAGCAAAUCUCCAGCUUAAAACAAAGCAAGCACAGAAGUUACCACGAAAAGAAGUGUUUGCAAAACAAGACAUUCAACAAUAUAAACCUCACACAAACAAAAUAAUAAAGAAGGUUAUGAUCAGAAAUAAAAAGCAGGGUCCAGUUAAGACUAUAAUUAAAAAGAUUAUAAUUCGACGAAAAAUAAAAGUGAAUAAAAACCUUAUGAAUGUUAAUAAGAACAAUCGAGGCAUUGGAGGGUCAAAUAAUGGGUGGAAAAUAAGCCAUUACCCCGGAAAAGAGUGGAAUAAAGCAAACAUAGUUGAAAACCAUAAACUCCACGGGAAAUUUAGAACACAAAGUAAUAUGGAUUUCUCAUUACAAAGCACACAUGAAAAAGUGAAGGAUAUUGCAAAGGAUGAAUCUAGGUCAGAGACUCAUAAAAAACAAACCACAACCCCAAGGCAAAAUACAACACCAACAGUGGCUGAUAAAAUCAAGAAUACACAAUCAAUGUCGACUGGUGGCGAAGUAAAAGCGAAAAAACACGAAAGCAAAGUUGACAAAACUUGGGUGAAAAAUAUAACAAGACUUGAUGCUGUUCAAAGACCGAUAAUGAAAGAACCGACACCGAAUAAGCCACAGUUUGCAAAUUUGGGUCUGAAACCUGCACCAAUGUCUGUAUCGUCCAGCUAUAAAAUUCCUUUUCACAAAUCUGCAAUUGUUUCGAAGAAAAAUGAACAGAAUCUCUCAACUCAGCAAGAAGCAACAAGAAACAUGAUUAUCAAUUCCAGAAAUGAGGCAAGUCAAAAGAGUAGCUAUAAAAUUCCUUUUCAACAUUCUCAAGCUAUAGUUGUUUCGAAGGAAAAGGAACAAAACCUCUCAACUCAGCGAGAAACAACAAGAAACAUGAUUAUCAAUAUCGGAAAAGACGCAAGUCAAAAGAGCGAUAUAAAAUCGGAAGCAAAAAUUAAUAUUGGAGCUAAUACGAUUACUUCUGUGACAAAGAAUUCAGAUCUAACAAAACUAGACGAAAAGAAAAAAGUUAACAAGCCACCCAUGGUUGCUGAUCAAUUGAUCACAGACUUUCAAAUUCCCCUACCCCCUGGUGAAAUAUUUGAGAACGGAAGUCUAUUUAUGAACCUGCCAAGAAAGGAAUUUCAUAAUCCAGCAGAAAUAGUGGUCAAUUCAAUUACAAAUGAUAGAAAAUUUCCCGUGGAAACCCCGCCAGAAAAACAUAAAAGCUUAUUUGAUAAGUUUCAGUCUGUGCAAAGAAAAAGAGGAAUUGCAAAAAGCGAUAUUAUUCCACCAGAUUUGCAUCAAGCUAUCACCGUUAUACAGCAACAAACGAAGAAUAUAGAAAAGAAACCUUUGGAGCCACAUCCUAUUGCUAAAAAUACUGGCCUUUCGUCUGGUGCGAUUCACAAUAUGCGUGAACCAAGCCAGCCUACUGGAGUAAGCGUAGGAGUUUCGCUUUCUGAGCAUUUUAACCAACACCCGCCGCCCCCGGGACAUUUUAGACCCGGAUUUAUACCUCCCCCACCACCUAGUGGAUUUAGAAGACACCAUAUCCCUAAUCCACCUGCUCCAUGGAAUGUACCUACUCCGCCUCUUAUUACACCAGCGAAUAGAAUUCAUACCCAAACAAACCAUUUUGGAAGCAAUCAAAAUACACUAAACCAUAGAGCUCAGAUGAAUUACAUUCAAACAAAAGUUCCACUGAGUGGCGUUAUACCUCAACCACCUAUCGUUGCAAGAAAACAUAGCAGAUUUUCUCGUCCGAAGAACAUAGCACCUUAUCCACAACCUCCUCCUGCGUAUUUGACCAAGGCACCUAACAAGUUAAACCAGGUCCCUGUAGGCGCGCAGGAUCAUGGUCCGUUUGAACCCAUGCAUGUUAACUAUCCUCGAAAUCGUCACAAUGGAGGUCCACAAUUUAACAGAGAUUCCAUGCGGAAACCACCGACACCACCAACUCAGAACUUUGUGGAUACCACAGUUAUUCCAGUGGUGAAUAAACCAGAACCUAGACCAAGAAAACGAAAUCUUCCCAAGCCCGUCAAGUUCGAUCCACUAAAGCAUAUAAUGAAAAGGAAACAGGAAUUAGCAGCGAAGAAGGCUAAGAAACCAACUAAUGUCAGGAAACCACCAGAGCCACCUGGGGAGAAAACAGCAAGCCCAGAUCCUGAUAGGAAAAAAUUAAAUCAGAAAAUAUUUAAAAACUCUUUCCAAAAAGACUAUGUGAAUGAACGCAGAAGCAACCAACCUAUGAAGGAAUUCGUAUCUGAAUUUGAAAGGUUUAUGAAACAAAUGGACUCGUUCAUGGACCUGGCUGGUAUGCUAGAGUUCUAAAAAUUAAAAAUUUGCAGAUCGUUAAAUGUAAUAAAAUGUAUUAAUAUGUAAAAAUGUUCAAACUAAUCAGUCAUGGUGAAAGCAUAUCCUUACACACGUAUGCUAAGAACAUAACAAAAUUUGAAAGAAUUAAGGCAAUGGUGAAGGUCUGUUGUGAUGCAUAUUUUUUUUUACAGGUAAUAUCUCAGGUAUUUCACAGUUUAUACACAGCACAAAUCUUCUGUGGUGUAUCUAAAUUUUAAAAAUAUUGAGAAGGGUCACUUUAUGAAAAAAUACGUUGUAGCACAUAUUUUUAAACUUAGAUCUGUUAAUUAAAUUUUAUCACAUGAGGAAAUCAAAUCACAUCUAUUUUCCU